AUGAGAAUGAGAAGAUGUCCACCCAAGAGUGAGAGCAGUGGCGGACCUGUGCAGGCGCAAGAAGGUGCAGAUGCACCUCCGGUGGCCGGAAAACUCCAUUACAGCUGUUGGAGUUGCACCUCUGCUGGACACACACAACCUUUAGUAUGCAUGGAUGGGACUGUAGGUUGCUUUCUUUGA